AUGCGAGGUUCUAGCCAGAAGUUAUGCGAUGUUGGAGACGGAGUUCGGGCGCACCUUGGGUGUGAUGGUGAGAAGCUGGGCAACGAUGCGGUGGGCGAUGCGGGCGGAGAGGAGAAGCGUGCAGGGAAAUGGGUUGCCAUGGCCAAGGAGCUGAAGCAGUGUUUCGAAAUCGUCGAGGUCUUUGAUGGUGCGAGGAAAGUGUGGGGGGAGGAGAUUUACAAUGGGCUGUUUAGAAGGGCAGAUCGGGAAGCGAGCGUUGCUGGGAUCCGGAAUCCGUUCGAUAAGGAGCAGGAGAUUUUGGCGCAGAGACUUGACGAUUUGAGUAAGGAGGUGGAUAGUGUGGUUGCAAGCGCGGAUGAAGUCGUGCGAGCGACAGAUCAGCGAUACGCUUUCAUCGAGGAGGAAAUCUUUCUGCUUGGAGAAGCGGUCAGCCAGCAACGCCUGAUUCUGGAGGAACUGGCAGGUUUGGCUCUUUCUGCCGACCUUUCUACUAUUUACUAUUCCACUUUGACGACCAAAUUUGCAGAGGUCGAAGCUCGACUAGCGGAGUUCGAAGCGAUGCAACCAACAGUCACUUCCCUGCCACAGCCAUCCGGCACGAUGAUGGAUUUGCUCCGAGCCUGCAAGCCUGACCACACCGAUAGUGAGCUGGAGGACCUGGUCCUUGACUUUCUGGCCGGUGCGAGUGGCCACGGUGCAGGCACGUAG